CUUUCCCACGGCAGUCACUCCUUAGUAUUCGCCGCCUGCACAUAACUUCGCACCCAUCAAUAGCAUCUGCGCCGGCAAGCAAACUAUCCUUACAGCUUCAUAACGAGAACAUUUACAUUCACAAUAUGGACGAUAGCCCAAAAACGCCGACUUCUUACCACGACCUCGCAUACAAUAAUGCUUACGCGACCGACUCGGCUUCUCAAGUCGAUCUUGCUCUCACCCGCAUUCGAACCGUGAUCGAUCGCUUGGAGGGCCGACUCGAGCAGAUCACUGACCAAGUUGCUGACGCCGAGCGACGAUAUACACAUCUGGAAGAUCUCUAUGGAGAUGCCGAAGCCGCUUUCCUCUACCACGACACGCCAAAGUCCGUGAUAUGCCAAGACAUCAGUGAGGAUCUGAAAAAGGCCAUGUUUGAAGUGACAGUAGCGAGGGCCCUCGCCGGCGUUGCCAAAAAGAUGGUCAGUGGUCCGGAUGGCGACGGCUUAGGCUGUGAGAGUUGUGGAAGUGCCUGUUCUGGAUGCAGCUGUUCAAGGCGGGAUCGUGCCAUGGACAUUCGCACUAGAAACUCAUCAGCUUCAAGCAGAUAUUCAAGCGAAUGAUGAAACCGACCUGCAAAAGAUCAUCUCUUCCGCCGCUUCGCACUGGACUUCUCACUGGAAUUCGCGAUUCCUGGACCUGCUGCUGUUGCAGCCUUCCGCUUAGGUGUCUUUCGUAUAGGCGUGUCAACUGGAGUGAUGGCUUUCGUGGCC